AUGCUCGAUAACGUUGUGAAGGAUAAAUACGGCUGCGUCAAUAAAAUUAGCAAUUUCGACAAAGACCUAAUGCUCCUCGUAAUUUUUGGCCUGAGAGGCUUCAAACAUGAAUUGGAGAGUCAAAUCGCCCUCAAGUGUGCCACUGAAUGCAGAGAAAAAAUAGCAGCGAUGGACCAUGUUCACGGAAUUGCUGCAGGAGUGACAACAGGCAAAUGCUAUUGUGGAGCAUUUGGCCAUACCCUUAGGAGGGAAUACACCGUCAUCGGUCUUGUGGUGAACAAAGCAGCCAGACUGAUGGUUGCCUAUCCAGAUAGAGUAACCUGCGAUCGCUCGACGUUCCUGCAUAGCAAACUCGAAUCUAGGAAUUUCAUCUUGCAAGAGUACAAAACUUUGAAGGGCAUUAUCAAUCCCGGACCCAUAUACGAGUUCAAGGGCGUAGAGAAGUUCCAGGAGACCACACUGUUCUUCAACCCCCUUCCGAUAUUGGGCAGGGAGCAAGAAAUAGAUUUGUUCAUUACCCUUCUGGAGAGAGCAGAGAGGCUAUCAGUUGAGAAGUCCCAAAAACAGUUCAACAAUAUGUUGAUUCUGCAAGGGGUUUACAGGCAGGGCAAAUCUAGGUUGUUAGAGGAACUGAUAUUUGUCACAGACCCAAAUAUUCCUGUUAACAGAUUCGCGGUUAAUGCAUUUGACUAUGAGAUGCCCUAUAGGACAAUUCAGCUACUUUUCCAAAGGUUCACCGAAAUCAUUCCUGAAAUGCCUGAACAUGAAAAACAACAGAAGAUAAAAGCUCGUCUCAGGAUGAGGCCGGAUGUGGAGCCUUUUUUAUGCUAUCUGAAUAUUGUUUUCAACGUUAACUUUCCGAUAACCGAAGAGUACAAACGACAAGACAAAAAGGGGAAAUACAAAAUGCUCCGAAACACUUUCAAAAUAUUUUGCCAGCAAGUUUUCAAAAUAUUUUGGUUGAUUGCCAUUGAUGACGCUGAGUACAUAGACGACGAAUCCUGGCUGCUAAUCGAUAUUCUGUUGGAUCUAAAUCUGGUGUUCAUUGUGGUCACUAUGGGUACCGAAAAAGAAAUAUCGGUUCUAGCCAUAAACGUGCUGAAGAAGAGUAGGAUAAAGUCUAUAGAGCUGAAAGGUAUAGAUAAGUGGUACCACGUUGGAUUAGCCUGUCAGAUGUUGAAUGUCGAUGGCAUUCCACCGGAAUUGGAGAAGACUAUACAAACAAAGAGUAAUGGAAACCCAGGAUGGAUCGAAAGUUUUCUGGUGAGCUUGAUGCAGUCUGGCGGCCUUUUUGUAUAUGAAAUGACAAGACAAAAUGCCUACGAUACAGGAAUAGUCAUUCCACCUUUAUAUAUGACAGUAAGAAUGUCCAAAGAAGAAAUGAAGCUGUGGGUGGAAAUCAUGGAAGAAAGGAACUUGAGCUCCAAAGAAAACAAGAUGACCAUCAGAUGGAAAAUGUUCAUCGACAGUUGCAGGGAGAGCUAUCCUGAUCUCACUGUGGCUCAAACGUUCAACGACAAGAUAAAAAAGAACCAGUUGAUCAAUAUCUGUACCCUGAACGAAAGUUUCAAUCUGGAGGACGUCGAUCCCGAGCUAGCCAUAGACGUAAUCAUCUUGAAAACAUUCGACGCCUUGACUUCAUAUGAGCAGUUGCUACUCAAAUGUAGUGCUAUCCUUGGAGACACUUUUCCGAGAGAUAUGCUCCUAUACAUAAUGUCUUCUUCGGCUAUAAGGCUUACUGCGCUAGCUGUGCAAAAACUCUUCGAGAUCAAUGUUUUGAGUUGCGCAAAAGGAAAUUUCAUAGAAGGGGGUUUGAGUUUCAAGGAGAGAUUGGUCAAUCCAAACGAAGACAUGUCCGUCAAAUGUGACUGUAAAGGAUUGAUCAUUGAUGAAACGUGUACAGACUUGCCGAAAUAUGCGUCUUGCGGCUACAUGCGUUUUCGUUCAUCUGAAUUCAGAGAAACAACGUACAAUCUCCUGACAGACAACCAGAAGAGAGAAUUCCAUGAGAGAGCCAUUAGGUACUUAGAGAAAGAGACUAGAAGGUGCAGAGCUUGUGGUAACGGGUACUUUGUGAGACAGAUGGGAGGCGGUCGUCUAGACAACACCCUCAGGAUCCUCAGGAGAAAAGAUAAGAAAAAAUCGGUUUCCACAGAAACUUCAAGCAUCGCAGAAAACUUCGGAGCCAACAAGUUGCUCCAAAGAGCUUCAUUCGUCAGCUUCGAGAGCUAUCAAUCCGGAAAGUCCAGAGAAUACUCACGUGGAACGAAUACGUUGUCUCUCUAUUCGAGCGGAUCUGGAGCCGAUUCAAUGAGCUUGCCUGACUCACAUCACUACUUUUCCAUGUCUAACGAUAUCGGAUUUACAACGAUACGAAAGCUCAAAGACAAUUACAACCUCAUAAGAACAUUUUCUACUACCGACUACACUCAAUGUACUUGUCCACUGGUUUUGAAUACUAUGUAUUCACAGCUAAUCGAGCACUGUAAGGGAGCUGGUCUCGUUGAGAAAAUCAUGAACGCCACCAUUGAAUAUUCGUACGUGUGUAUUGAAAAUAGAAAUAUCCCACAAACUAUAAAGGUCUUGGAAGAAGCGCUGCAACUUCUUGAUGGACCGAUGAAAGAGCAGGUGGAGCUCGACUGGAUGAUAGAACUGAAGAGGGGCAAGCUUUUCACGUUGCUGGGGAGUGCUCAUAUGGAAAUGAACGAUGACGAAACCUACACGUACCUGAUGAAGGCGCUCAAAUGCUACGGCGUUAACUUUCCGACGACGCGCUUCUUCAAGGCACUCAAGAAAGCUCAAAUGAAACUGAAGCACAUGCUACGAUUCUUCAUGACGAGAAGCGUAUUUUCGAGGAGGACCGACGACGACGUAUCCGAGUACUGCAACAACGUUUCGGAAUGUUUGGCGUUCCUCUGCAAGUUUUUCAUAAUCAAACACCGCUGGAAGGAAGCAGAAUUGGCUGCCAUGUGGAGCCUCAGCAAGGCCAUCGAAACUGAGACAGAUUUCGAAAAAAUAUGCAUGGCCUACGGAAAUUUGAUCUUCAUCACUUCAAAUCUCGGUCACAAUAGAAUGUGCAUCGCUCUGGAGGUAUUUGCGUUGAGAACAUGCCACAAGAAGAAAACGUAUGUCGAACUAGAAGAGCUCAAAGCUGUCUCAUUCUUGUACUUCACAAUCAGUCGUGGAAGGUUGAGAAGAGCUGAAAUUGAAAAAUUUUUGCACAUCGGUUACGUGGUUUGGCGACUUUCGACUUCUUCACAAAAUGAGAUGCUUGCCUUCAGAAUGUUGCCUCUCUUGGCACACGUGGUGCUUUUGAGAAGGCAGUUGCUAGAAUAUAACAACAUGCUUCAGGAGAUCCAGUAUUUGUUCGUUAACGAUACGGAUAACUCGCAAAUGGCAUGGUACUACGCCUUAUGUAUGGUAGUGUGUUUAGAAACAGGACUCAUAGUAGAACCAUAUUCAAAAUGCGUUAAGUUCAUGCAAGGCGAGGGUUUGGAACCAACUAUCAGAGACCCAGACGGGAAAAUGCGACUAAUCAUCUGUAUUUGGUUAUGGGAAGUAAGAAACAACAAUUGGGAAGCUUCUAUGGUGUGGCAGAAGGUAGCUUGGGAUUUCAAAAUACGGGAUGUAGGAGAUUCUGUUCAAAACUUCAUUACUGGCCUCUAUCUGAUCGAGGGCCUAAUUAUAUAUUUAGUAAACAAAAUGGAUAAAAAAAACUUGAAGGCAAUUGCCAGAACUAACGAACGACUGAUUGAGCUUUUCAAACAUUACGACAAGGGUUCGAAAUAUUGUCAAGUUGUUAUUCCUAGACUUUAUCAUAUGAAAGCCUAUUAUAGGAUUGCAAGGUACAACGAUUACAGGGGAGGCUUGAAACUUCUGAAAAUAGGCAAAAAAUAUGCGGAGAUGUAUCUCAAUGACUUAGAGUUGCUGUACAUGAAGCAUAGUGAAUUGGGUUGGUGUCGAAAGCUGUCUAGAGAAGAUUCAUCGUUUUGGAGAGAGCAUUCCGAUGAAGAAAACAAGUUGGACUUGAAUGAUAUAGAUCAACUAGAUAAAUAUAUUCCCUACACUUUACCUGUACCAAUUUAUAUUUAAUAAUAAAUAUAUGUAUCGAAAUCUA